GGCUGGCAGAGGCAGCGGGCGGCGCGGGCGCAGUGGUCAGCGGCAGGAGGAAUCACACAGCUGCAAACCACAGGGUUUCGCAGGGCGGCGAGCAUCCCCAAGCCACAGCCAAGGCACCGCUUUCUUUUUUUUUAAUCUUUAACAAUUUGAAUAUUUGCUUUGCAAAGGUGAAAACACCCUGGGACCCCGCCUUCCGAAGAGGGUGCCUGGAGCAGCGGCCAUGGCCUCCGAGAGCAUGUUUGAGUCAUUUCCUUCGUAUCCGCAGUGCUUCAUGCGGGAAUUUGUACACGGAAUGAAUCCAUCUAGAGACUUUCACGAUGCCAGCACGAGCCGCCGCUUCACGCCGCCGUCCACCGCGCUGAGCCCGGGCAAGAUGAGCGAGGCGCUGCCGCUGGGCGCCCCGGACGCCGGCGCCACCCUGGCCGGCAAGCUGAGGAGCGGCGACCGCAGCAUGGUGGAGGUGCUGGCCGACCACCCGGGCGAGCUGGUGCGCACCGACAGCCCCAACUUCCUCUGCUCCGUGCUGCCCACGCACUGGCGCUGCAACAAGACCCUGCCCAUCGCCUUCAAGGUGGUGGCCCUGGGGGACGUUCCGGAUGGGACGCUGGUCACCGUGAUGGCCGGCAACGAUGAGAACUACUCCGCCGAACUGAGGAACGCCACCGCGGCCAUGAAGAACCAGGUGGCGAGAUUCAAUGACCUCCGGUUUGUCGGCCGCAGUGGACGAGGGAAGAGCUUCACGCUGACGAUCACCGUCUUCACAAACCCGCCGCAGGUCGCCACGUACCACCGGGCCAUCAAAAUCACCGUGGACGGGCCCCGGGAGCCGCGAAGACACCGUCAGAAACUAGACGAUCAGACCAAGCCGGGGAGCUUGUCCUUCUCCGAGCGGCUCAGUGAGCUGGAGCAGCUGCGGCGCACGGCCAUGCGGGUCAGCCCGCACCACCCCGCCCCCACUCCCAACGCGCGCGCCUCCUUGAGCCACUCCACUGCCUUUAACCCUCAGCCUCAGAGCCAGAUGCAGGACACUAGGCAGAUCCAGCCCUCCCCGCCCUGGUCCUACGACCAGUCCUACCAGUACCUGGGGUCGAUCGCCUCUCCCUCCGUGCACCCAGCGACGCCCAUCUCGCCGGGCCGGGCCAGCGGCAUGACGACCCUCUCCGCAGAGAUCUCCAGCCGGCUCUCAACGGCCCCCGAGCUGACGGCCUUCGGCGACCCGCGCCAGUUCCCGGCGCUGCCCUCCAUCUCGGACCCGCGCAUGCACUACCCGGGCGCCUUCACCUACUCCCCGACGCCCGUCACCUCGGGCAUCGGCAUCGGCAUGUCGGCCAUGGGCUCGGCCACACGCUACCACACGUACCUGCCGCCGCCCUACCCCGGCUCCUCGCAGGCCCAGGGCGGCCCCUUCCAGGCGGGCUCGCCGUCCUACCACCUGUACUACGGCGCGUCCGCCGGCUCCUACCAGUUCUCCGUGGUGGGCGAGCGCUCGCCGCCGCGCAUCCUGCCGCCCUGCACCAACGCGUCCACGGGCGCCGCGCUGCUCAACCCCAGCCUGCCCACGCCCAGCGACGCGGGCGAGGCCGAGGGCCGCCACAGCAACUCGCCUACCAUGCCCGCCGCGCGCCUGGAGGAGGCCGUGUGGCGGCCCUACUGAGCCCGGGCCGGCCGGACCCCCGCGCCGCUGGCACCAGCUGGACCGGCCGGGGCCACCAUCGCCGCGGGCCUCCAGCUGGACCGGCCGGGGCCACCAUCGCCGCAGGCCUCCAGCUGGACCGGCCAGGAUCCCCGUGCCUCCAGCUGGACCGGCCGGGGCCACCAUCGCCGCUGACACCAUCUGGACCGGCCGGGGCCACCAUCGCCGCAGGCCUCCAGCUGGACCGGCCGGGGCCACCAUCGCCGCUGGCACCAGCUGGACCGGCCAGGAUCCCCGCGCCUCCAGCUGGACCGGCCGGGGCCACCAUCGCCGCUGGCACCAUCUGGACCGGCCGGGGCCACCAUCGCCGCGGGCCUCCAGCGCCCUCAGAGCCCGCCGUCUGCAGAGCGUGACCGUCCGGCCACGUGGGCCGCUGGGAGGCAAACAGGAAGAUUCCAGAGGAAAACUGUGAAUGCUUCUGAAUUAGCAAUGCUGUGAAUAAAAGAAAGAUUUUAUACCCUGACUUCACUUUUUAACCAAGAUGUUUAUUCCAAAGAGGAUGAAAUUUUGGUUCAGGGUUGGGGGAUGCGACUCAUCCUGUCUGGCAUCGAGUUUGUAUUUUUCAUGUUCUUUUCCAGCACCUUAUAAAUUGCAAAAUGCGUAUUUGCAUUUGGGGUGGUUUUAUUUUUAUAUAUAUAUAUAAAUUUGAGCUUGCUUCUUUCUUACUAUGACAAUUGAAAAAAAAUAUGAUUCCUUUUCUUGUAAGUUUUAUUUAACUUUUCUUUUGGACUUUUGUGUAGUUGUGGUUUUUUGUUGUUUUUUUUUAAAGAAACAGCUACAGCUUUGGGUCAUUUUCAACUACUGUAUUCCCACGAGGAAUCCCUAGAUAUUUAUGUAUCUUGAUGUGUAGACAGUUACGUAUGUGUUGGUACUUUUUUUAUUAUUUAAAUGUACUUAUAUUAAGAAGAAAAAUAUCAAGUACUACAUUCUCUUCUUUUUUUUCUUAAAUAGUAGCCAAAGUUAAAUGUAUCACAUUGAAGAAGGCUGGGAAAAAGGAUGGUAAUGUGAUCACGUGGUUACCUACAUAUUGUUUACAUUAAACUUCCUUUCAUGUUAAUCAGACGAGUUGGUAGCUAAUGCAGCCAUGUUUUCAUAGCCUUUUAGAUCCCGAGGGUCCGAAGGCCCGAGGCGGGCGUUUUCUGCCGAGCCCCACAAAGGCUCUGCGAUCGUACUCCCGCCCUGGAAGCAGAGAAGGUCAGGCCUGGCCGCAGAGGGCUCAGCGGACGCCGGAACGGCCCCUCUGGCGAGGACUUCCUGUCGGCCUAGGGAUCCGCUCACUGCGUGCCUCUUGGUAAUUUCAGAACAAAUCCAAAGUCAGCCGUGUGGGGGAGCAGUGUCCAGGUGGGAACCAAAUCCGUGAAUUCAGGGGCUCCUUCCGUGCUGGGUUCUGGGGGAGGAAGGAGACCUUCCGAAUCCAGAAUGCAGUGGCUUUUAGCUUUAAGAAAAUACCCCUCUCUUGCAGUGCCUGCUCCUUCACCCAGAGUAAGACGAGUGGCUGUUCCCCGAGGCUGGGGGUGGGAGGGCCUGGGCUGGGUGCCUUUGCCCACUGAGGGUCUCGGCCAGGACGGGCCCAGCAGCGGGCUGUGCGAGCCAGUCUCCCUCUGUCUCUGGGGUCCCCUGGGACAGCAUCAGCCCCCCUGUGCAGGACCCCAUCCCGUGCUGCUCACUAACCACCCACCUUCGCGUUGCUGUCCCCAGGCUGAGACCCUCCCCUAGGGGGAGGGAGGGUGCACUUUGACCUGCGCGUCAUGUGACCGGAAAGAUCCGUGUCACCACUGCUGCCCAUGGCUGCAAGUCAAGCGUAGCCAAUGUCACUGUAAACUGAUGGCACUGUUUUAACUGGAGGAUUCGGUCAGGGCGCACGGAUACUACAACUCGCAAAUACUAACUGCUGACUUCCGCGCGUGUGCGCUCAGAACGACCGGAGGCCGUUGGAUGUACCUCUUCGACUCGUAGGCACGACUUCAGGUCAGCUCAGAGGAGUGUUUGAGCAGGACUUGAGAACAGUGGUUUUUAUUCUGUAAAUGUGAGGGUUCACGUUAGAAAGAUCUUCGGCUGCAGGCAGCAGAGACAGCUGAGUUUAUUUAAAACAACUUGUUUUUUUAGUUUUCUUCUCUAUCCAGGGGUGGGGAACGUGGGUUUACAGUUGUGAAUAUGCAAAACACAGAGUUUAUUCUUGUAUUGUUAUUUAUUCAUUAUUGUAUUAUUUGCCACGCGAGCGCUGUGCCCCGACUGUUGCCCGCCCUGGAUAUGCUGUUUUACGCAAACGCAGUAGCACUUUGGUGAGAGGUAAGAGAAGGCCGUGUGUCUUGUGAGGUCAAGAUUAUCUAGAAAAGAGCGAAGGCAGAGCUCGGGGAAACCCAGGCCAGGGCCGUUCUCAUCUUAGACACAGUUCUCCCUCCAGCAUUCAUUUUCCUGUUUUAUUCUACAUUGCUCUUUUUUUUUUUUCUUUUCUUUUUGGCAGGCAAAUUACCUGUCAGUCGAUUUAAAAUGUUCAUUUCUGAAAAGAACCUUUAGCGGCUAAGUUAGCCCGUUUACCCCGCAUUGAAUUUAAAUGUUCUUUCCAGCACCGGCCAGGGCCACAUCUACCCUGACAAAAUGCUGGGGGAAAGGAAGGGAAAAAUGGUGGUUGUUCAUUUCUGGUCCCUGAAGAUAUUCCAGCUGGAAAUCAGCCGAGUGUCCUCACGGGAGUCAGGUCGCCUGCUGCGUGAACCUUCCAUCUGGGGUCACGCGUGAGCAGGGCUGCUCACUGUCCUUAGGCCCGCGGGUCGGCCGUCCGGAGGCCCCUUCCAGCACGUUCGGUGUUUGAUUGUUCCGGAAGAAGUGAGUCGGAGGCCAGCUGCCUGGGCGAUGGAGGCGCACCUAAUGCCUUCCCCCGAGGGCGGCUCUCGCUGCCUCGGGAACGUUAGGCGGCCCUUCCCUCGGGGAGGCCGGCAGCCGAUACUGGCAAAGCCGAUGUCUCCGGAGCCCUCGUGCCGGGGGAGAGAAAUGAGAGAAGCCAUCUCUGCACUUACAUUUCUCUCCCUCUUUGCCCCUUUAGCUUCUCCCACUUUCUCUCUCCCCAUCUCCCCCUUCUUUUGUUUGGGAAAUAGCAUCCACCCCACCCCAACACCGAGUCCAAACUGGAGGAGCCGCUCCCCUGCGCCCCGUAAAGGAGCCGCGAGUCGGCGUCUUCCUGCUGGGGUGCUGCCCGCGGCCCGGGCCGGAGCCUGCCAGGCCGGUGACAGGCAGAGCUGGGCUGCCGGGUCUGUGCCCGGGUCGGUGCCCACGGACAGAACGGCUCUCGCUAGACGGGAAGCGAAUGGUUUCGCUCCACGUCCUGCCAUUUCCAUGGCGGGUUUCUGUCCGUCCCUGUUUCCUCGGAACAUCCCGCCCCCGUGCUUCUCGGUUUGGGUGGUUUUUCUUUUCGGGGUGACCCGGUUGGGGUCUGUUACACCCCGAACGUCAGUCUGACCCUGGUCGCAGAAAGCAGUUCUGACGUCUGAACAAACCGCCUCGGUUCAGGGCAGCGCACAGCUGUGGGGGGUCUGUUUGUCUCGGGCGUUUUUCCUCGCCCCUCGCCGGGUCAGGGUCCACGAGGCUGCUCGUUGGGUUUCUUUUCCUUCCAGGAGAGUUGCAUCCACCAAGUUCAUUGUAUUUAUGUCUGUAAAUAGAUUUUAAGCUUCAUUAUCAAAUAUUGUUAAUACGAUAACUUUUUUCAAUUUUGUGUGUGCUUCUAAGGACGUUUUCUUAUGUUUGCUCAAUACUGUAGACAAAACUGCUUCUUUCUCCUUUGUUUAUUUCAGACUUUAAAACAAAUACUUUUUAUCCGCUUUUAUAAAGAGCUAACAGCAUGGUUCCAAUUUUUUUUUAAGUUCACUUUUGUUUGAAGGAAAAUGAACCGCUGGUUCUGUGUGCUGUUCUGGAUGUGUAACCAUCAGUGGGAAAUAAACUUUCAA